GCCCCGUCUCCCGGCAACCGUUGCCCGGAGCGUCCGCGCGCCGCUGGUCAUCCGGCGGGUUAGGCGCUGGUUACCGGUCACAGAGCCGGCGGGGGGCUGGUUAGUAAGAGUUAGGCACAGACCGGCCACUAGUUAGUGAGACCGUCAGUGGCUGGAGUUGGUCACUGACUGGGCACUGGCUAGUCGGAGCGCGAACUGGUUAGGUUGGAGGUUGGGCACAACCUAAUUUGAACUUUGGUAACCAGGUAGUUAAUGAUCAGGCACUGAUUAGUGAGAGUUGUAACUCUUGAUAACUUUGGCAACUAGCUAGUUAAAGAUCAGAUAGUGUUUAGUGCGUCAGAGACUGACUAGUUGUUGAUAGCUUUGUCAACCAAAGUUAAAGAUCAGAUACUGGUUAAUGAGAGUUAGUCAACGAUUUAGGACAAGUUGAUGAUAGCUUUGGCAACCAGCUAGUUAAAGAUCGGGCACUACUAGUAAGCAGCCUGGCACCAAUUUGACACCAACUCUGGGGAGCGCAAGCAAUAGUUGGCCAGUUAAAUACUGAGACUCAGAUAGUUUAAAUAUUGGUCAUCCUGCUAAUUAUUUAUAUUGGAGUAACAAACUGGGUUAAGUAUUCAAAUUUAUAAUUAUUUCAUCAAUCAGUAGCUAUUGCAAUAUUAGGUGCAGGUUAAUACAAUGUUGAUACAAUGCCGAACAGAGUAAACUUUAUUUAACAAUCAGGAAAUAUCAGGGAUUUGUUGCUUAUUAAAUGAAAUCUAUUGAAAGAUUACAGUUUUUAGUCAAAGAUUUUUAACCAAUCAAAGGAAAUAUAUUAAGGAUUUAGAUUUGGUUAGUAAACAUUUAUUUGGAAAACAAGUGGGACAUUGGUUACUAACACUGAUAUAUUGAUAUAUAAAAUUGUGGUAAUUUAGAUUACAGACUACAUCGUGAGAGAUUAGAAAUAUAACAUUAAAUAGAGAGUUUUAAGGAAAAAUUAAUAGCUUGCUGAAGACUCUUUGUCAAGAGAUGUGGUUGGUUAGAGGGUAAGAUAAGAGAUGAGCAGUUUGAUUAGUGAUAAAUUAUUGAGAAUCUGAUACUGUUUAAUGUUAACUGGGAAAUUAGUUAACACUAUUGGAUAGUUUUGAGAGGCUGGGAUCAUCUAAUGCGUUUUUAAAUUAGUUAAUAACCGAUUAAAGACUAAGUGCCGUGCCACUACACGUUUGUGAGAAGCUGCUGGAAAGGACAUGAUGAUGUGAGGAGACCGUGCCGUAAUCAUCAUCCUGACUGCUGCGUAGGACUGCAAAGCCAUGGAACCCCCGGAAAUGCUGAGCCAGGCGGCUGCCGAACGGGCCAACCAGCCGGCCCAUCACAUGACUGAAGCAAACACAGGGGAGGACCAGGCGGUACACGCCAAAGCCCAGCACUUGUGGUCCACUCUGGGCUCAGCUAUUCACUUGUCCAUAGAUAAGAUCAGACGGACGGACUGGAAGCCACUGGAGCUGGAGCACGGUCUACAGCUUGUGCAGCGGGUGCGAUUCAAGAGGGACAUCCAGCACAUCAUGUUCAACGUGGUCAGCAAGGAGUUUGUCUGCAUGGUGUCCAAAACGAAGGUGCACAUCUACCAAAGUGAUGGGCGCAAGACCCUGGAGCUGAGCCUGCGCGAGCCGCUGGAGGGGCUGGUCUACGCCAAGCACAUCGACCGCUAUGUGGGCUGGAACCGUUGCCCUCAGCUGAAGGUGCUCAGCUCCGACUUCCAGACCCUCUCCGUCAACCAGGCCGGCCACAGCGUCACCUGCUGCUGCUACAACCAGGACCUGAACCAGAUCGUCACCGCUGGUGCCGGCAACGUCUGCUGCUGGCACUUCUUCUUCGGCUGCCGGGACCUUUUAUGCGGCACCGUUGUCACCGACGGGCUGACCCAGGAGGACGUUUUCACCCACCUGGUGCUGGAGAGGUGCCCUGCCUCCAUGCCGGCAGCCACCAUCGACCAGCGCUGCUAUGCCGUGUGUCGCACCGGGGUCGCUGCCUUCAACCUGACCAAGGGAACUCUCCUCUCCUACGAGAAACACCUGCACGGCAGGAAAAUCACUGGAAUCGUCAUCGUGGCGACGCUGAGAUGUGUGGCCACUUCUUCCCGGGAUGGGAAUAUAAAAGUAUGGGAUCAAAACUGGAACCUUCAGAUGAUGUUUGUCGGGCACCUAGGCCCUGUCACGGCUCUUGCAGCUUACCCAGACGGCCCCUGCCUCCUCUCAGCCUCCAAGGACGGGAGCCUGCGACUGUGGAGCCUGGAGAUGGUAGAUCAGGUGGGAGAGAUCCAGGUGGGCGCGACCAUCACCUGCCUGGGCACGGUGCCGGGGGAGGACAAUGUCUUCACCUACGCAAAACAGCAGCUGGACCUCUGGAGCAUCGAGCGUCUGUACCGCCGGCACAUGUCCAUCGGCCACGCCGUGAGGUCCAUCAACGUCGACCACAUCUCCCUGGCCAGCCUCUUCCCGCUGCGGGCAGCCUGCUCCUGUGAUGACGGCACGGCACGGCUCAUCUCCCCGGAGACCGGAGACGUCCACUCCACCUUGCUGCUGGAGCAGGGCCAGCUGGUGGUAGGCCUGGACUACUGCUUACCCCGAGAGGCCCUGCUGGUGCUGACAGACCAAGGGGAUCUCCUGAAGGCCAACUCCCUCACCAACCCCAUGGAGGUGCUGAUGAAGGUGCCGCACAGCAACCAGGUGACGCCAAUCUGCUGCUUCUGCAUCUACGCACAGAUGGCGAAGGUGAGCAUUGCACACUCCCGCUGGCUGCAGGUGGUGGCUGGAGGAAGUGAAGAGAAGAUCAAGCACUUUGGCAUGAAAGACAGAGACUGGUACUUGAUCGUGGCUGGCCAUGCCAGCGGGCUGCUGUCCGUGCUGGACUGGAGAUCGGGGAACACUCAGUACAAGGUACAAGCUCACGAGUCUGGAAAGGUAUUGACCCUGGUGCCGGAUCCCGAGAACCAACGCCUCUUUUCAUCAGGUAUGGACAAUGCGGUGAAGCUGUGGCGGGUGUUUCCGUACGCCCAGGACUCCCUCGCGCUUCUGAUGAGCUUCUUCGGUGCCCACCCUCCCACCCACCUGUGCCUGCUGAAGGGCGCCUUCAUCGCGGCCCUGCAGAGCGCCGCCAGUGCGGUCCACUCCAUCGUACUGUACGACCUGAAAAAGAAGAUACGCAAAGACCAUCAUCCCGACCAUGACCACCAUGAUGAGAUCACCGACCUGUGCUCAUUGCCGGAGCUGAAGAUAUUCGCAUCCACCAGCAGAAGAGGGACACUGAAAAUCUGGGACCACAAAAACCAGCUGCUAAGAAUCGUGCACUUGAUGGCCUUUGCCGACAGCAUCUCGUUCUGCAACAACAAGGGAGACAUGCUGCUGGGCAUCGAAAAGAACCUGCACUACAUGAGCAGCGAUGAGUUCCUCAUUCAGUCCUACAGGCUACGGGUGGCGUGUCGGGAUCACAGUGACCCAGUGUCGGAUAAUCCCGUUCCACUAUCCAAGAGUGCCGUGAAUUCCCUGUCACCGUCAGAUCGCUGGCGUUUGACCCAAGUCCGCUCAUUCAAGCACAGCGGAGAACACCCGCAGAUCAUCCCCGAAAAGCCAGACGAGGAAAUCAUGAAGAAACAGGAGCACUUGAAGGAGGCCUACGCCGUGCUGGCAGCAAGGGAGGCGGAGAUCCUCCUGAUCCAACGUGGAGAGCUGAAGAGCAAGAAGAAGCGGCAGCACACCAAGGAGGUCCUGCAGGAGGGCUUCCGGGGAUACAUGCGCCUCCUGUACGGAGAUGGCCCACACAUCAAGCAGAUUCGCGAUCAGGAGGCGGAUGGCUUUGCGGACGUGCUGAUGAAGCCCCCAGCUCGUAGUGAGCCACCGCACGUUUGCACCAACAUCAGGAAGGGCUUCUUUCCUCACUUGACGAUACCCCAUCCCUGGAGCGAGGUUACGGAGAGCGAGAGAGAGGCCCGGGGACUGCCCUACUGGUCCGAUAUGCCCGAGGUUCCCAUCGCCCUGGACGGAUUCAUCCCCAACUCAGUCUUCCUGCGGCUGCUGUGGCCCAUGGAGCCCUGGCAUUCCCUAGACGAUUUGGACUCCGAGGAGCAGCUGGCAGCGCAGGAGGAGCCCAAAGCCGAGGUCAAGCUGCCCGCCAAGAUCCACAUCCCAAAGGAGCUGCAGCUCUCGGAUACUGAGCACACCAACAGCUUCCUGGACAGACUAGAGGCGUUGGACAAUGAGUCGCUGGACAAGAUGGAAAUCAAGAGUGAAAGUGAUCUGCUGUCUGUUCGGAAAAUGUCCAAAACGAUAUCCAGGCCGAGCAUAGCGUCCAGGCGCAGCCUGAUGUCCAGGGACAGCCUCGUGUCCAGGACCACCACCGAUUCCAUCGGCAGCCCACAACCGCAGACCCCCCCCGUGCAACAGAUGCCUGAGUUACCACCCGCUUCCACUUUACCAGCCGUGGUGGAGCAGUACAAGGACGAGGACUGGUUCAAGAAGAUCUUCCCCGACUUCCCCGAUAACAACGUCUUCCCUCUGGACAUGACGGAGGAGGAAUUUAUCGAGAUGCUGCUGGAGAUGCUGAAAACGGCCGAUUUUGAUCUGAAACAGGAGAUCAUGAAGGCUCUGAGUGUCCUGCUGCCAAACAAGCCCUCGCACAUCACCGAGUCCGCAGAAGAGAUCAUCAUAACCAUCUUAAGAAGGGUCAGGGACCGGAGAAAGACCGCAGAUUAUGAGGAGUUUAUCCGGGCUGCCCUGUUCGUAAUGAAUGAGACGAACCCACACUCCAUGGAAUUGAUGGUGGAGCUAAUGGUCACAUACUUCCAGGGCGACAUCGACCUCAGGAACACCGUCAAAGGCGUUCUGGACGGGUUGGGCCUCCAUGAUCCACACGACCUCUUUGAGGAGGAGCUGAACAACUGGGGCUCCAAGGAUGGUGGGAAGACCAUGACCCAACAGAGGUUCCGGAUCAUGAGCCGGGCCUGGCUCAGAGAGUGGAUGCAUAAGUUCAAGGAUCACGUGCAUGGAGCGAGGAAGUCCCUGCGGGAAGGCGGCAUCCUGAGAGCCACCGCCCCCCACACCGACAGCAGUGUCCACGAAGAUCAUCACAGGGACAGCACCUUCAGCAGGAUGAGUUCGAGCAUAUCCCUGGCACAGCGGAGGUGGGGUUCGGCUAUGUCCCUGGUGGAGAGGAGUCGGAGUUCGGGCAUUUCCCUGGCGGAGAGGAGUCGGAGUUCGGGCAUAUCCCUGGCAGAACAGAGGCAGAGUUCCCAUGAGAUCGUGCGGCCGAUCGAAGCGGUCAACUACUUCUGUGAAGUGCGGCUGGCGCAGAAGCUGCAGGCGUUGAGGGCACAAGCGGAGCCCGAGGACACUCGCAGUGUCAGGAACACAGUGCUCCUCCCGCCCAAGGUGGCCAGGGAACAGGCCAUCCUGCGACUGGGAGAAACCAGGAGCUACAUGAAGAAGGAGAGGAGCCGCCUGCCUCCCCUCUCCUUCAACAUGGGCCGGGUGAUCCGGCUGCCCGUCUCCAAGGUGGCGCUGAACCCCUUCCCCUCGCUCCUGGACCGGUUCCCGGUGGAGACGGUGCUGCUUACCCUGCGCCAGUCCGUGCAGCGGUACUUCAUCCUGGAGCGUUCCGUCGUGGCCAACUACUCGUGACGCCCUGUACCUACAUUAAACAUUCCCACUCUCA